CACUAUAAAAGGGCCAGAGUAAGGAGAGCGCCAUCUAGCGGCCGGAAGUUCUGCGUCUUCAGAGAGCAUUAUUCUCUCAGCUGUUACUGGAUCCAUCCUCACCGUGUCUCUCUGGGAUUCUUAGAACUGCACAUCUCUCUGAAGAACAGGGCAGCAAACCAGGUGGAAAUGGAAGCACGACUUCUGGUUCUUUUCUCUGGGUAUUUUGCAUCUGUGUUUAGUUUCCCCUCAGGACAAAUAAGUGCCUCCUGCGAUACAAUGCUUCCACAGCACAGGGGUAGCACCCCCCAGACAACAGCGUCACCCUACUUCAUCACAGUGUCUAACACUACAUUUAAAAGUGGGGAUAGCAUAACAGUUACAAUACAGUCCAAUUCAGGCAACACUUUUAAAGGAUUCCUACUAGAGGCUUUGUCUGUAGGAGGGGAUACAGCAACGGGAACUUUCACCAUCACAAAUGGAGACACUCAGGGACUAUCCUGUAGUGCAGGACCAAACUCAGCAGUCAGUCACACAAGUGACAGUUCAAAAUCAUCUGUUACCACUUCUUGGACUGCCCCUUCUGGAGCAGGACCUGUGCGGUUCAGAGCAACUGUUCUACAGGGUUUUAGCACUUUCUGGAGCGGAGUGGAGAGUCAAACACUUAUGGCAUCGCAGAUUUCUAAUAUCACUUGUGGUACUGGCAAGUUCUGCUUCAGUGACCCAGCAAACUGCAACCCUGACAGCAGUGGCUGUCUGUUCAUGUCCGUGGUACCGUCCAGUAAUGGAUAUGUGUUUGAAAUGAGUGGCCCAGUCUCCACUUUAGAGUAUAUAGCCGUUGGGUUCUCUGAUGAUCAGAAAAUGGGAAAUGAUGAUGAUUACAUUUGUGCCACAAAUUUAUCUGGAAAUGUCCAGAUUCAAAGAGUUUUCUUAACUGGGAAUAACUCUCCUCAAUCUAAGAACUUAAUCUUCUCAGGAUCCCCAGUCUGGAAUUACGGUAAUGGAAUUAUGAAAUGCUGCUUCAUUGCCCAGGCCAGUAUCUCCACACUGAGUCGAGCCAGUGCAUCUUCCACUUACUACAUUUUCCUUGCCACUGGCCCCACUGAGGCAAAUGGUCAGAUUAAGCAGCACACAAAGAUACCACUAAUAACAGCUGCCAAAAUUGAUCUCUCAGCGUUUUCUGGAAACAACAAGGCAGCCAGUGGGGAGAGCACUCUUGUUCUUGGCCAUGGUGCACUAAUGCUCAUUGCCUGGAUGACUACUGGAACUAUAGGAAUGCUUAUGGCUCGCUAUAUGAAAAAUGCAGCUAAAGAGCAAUACUUUGGAAAAGGCCUUUGGUUUCUGAUGCAUGUUUUCCUAAUGAGCCUGACUGUGAUUCUGACAAGUAUUGCAUUCAUCAUGAUUUUUGCGGAGGUUUCCGGCUGGAGCUCUGAUACUGGUGCCCAUCCUGUUCUUGGAUGUAUCGUAAUGAUUCUCUCAUUUCUACAACCAUUUGGUGCUAUGCUACGUCCAGCUCCCACUCAUAAAAGGCGUUUCAUCUUCAAUUGGGCACAUGGUCUGAAUGCACUGGUUAUCAAGGUGCUGGCAGUGGCUACCUUAUUCCUUGGGCUUCAACUUGUGGACACUUCCACUAACCAGUGGAUGCCAAAGGUGAUGGGUGGCUUUUAUGGCUGGGAAGUUUUAUUCUACAUCAUUCUUGAAGUCAACACACGUUACAAUGAAAAAGAACUGUAUGAAGAAGUGAAUAAUACGAUGAAGCGUGAGUCAAUUAUACUAAUAACCUUUGUCUGCGGAAAUCUGGCUUUUCUAAUAUCGCUGUUGGUAGGCAUCGGGCAAUCCUGAUCUCCCAUGAAACACGGAAUGCUUUCACUCUGACAGCAGUGCAAGAUGAGCAGUUUUGUAUGUUGGUGCUGCACAGAGAGAGAGAGAGAUCUGCUGCAGUGCAGUUAGUUCCGCUGAUAGAUAUGUGGCCCUGAGAAUAAACAGAAGAUUGGAUCAAUGCUUGUGUUCUAAAACACAUAAGGUGCAUCUUCUCUUGGGUUCUUUUUUCUGCAAAGAGAGUUGUAGAUUAAUUUCUAUGUAUUUAACCUGUCGAUUGUUAAGAACAAAUAAAUAAAUAUUUUAUAACGCUGUUUUUAUUAUUGUUAAGCAAGAUUCAGUUUCUAAUAAAAUUAAAUUUUUACUU